UCUAGUCGGUAGAGAGCCCAGGAGUCGAGCAAACGUGAAGCUUGUUGAGGAGCCAGUUAACGGCAAAUCAGUCAAAGUGACACGCAGUUUGUUCUCAGCGGGUGUCCUUUUAAUCUUGUAAUAACCAGAGGCCGUAAUAUGGCGGAUAGUAAAAGAACUGAGUUAAUGGUUCGAUUAAUACACUUAGUUUGACAGAGCAACUAGCGUUAGCGGUGUUUCACUAGCCAGCUAACAUAUACGAACUUGGCAUGUAGAGGCUAGUUAGCUGUUUGCGCUAACGUAUUAGCUUCUUUUAGUCAGGUGCAAACUGACUGCUGCUGGUGGGAAAUCAAGAAGCGAAGAAGGGGCUUUUACCUCCAGAAUUAAUUUGUCCUAUCCCAGAAGGAUAUUUAACUUUUGAUACCCGACCGGACGGAAUCAUCAGAGAGGCCUGCUUCCUUUAUGUCCAUAUUUCCAAGCCUCCAGCCUUCCACCAUCACUGUUCCUGACUCAGUUUGCGGCACAGCAGCACUUCAAAGUGGAAGGUGUGCAGUGCUGUAGAAAACACUUCUAGCUCCCCCCUCAAACACUGACGAGGUUUUCCAGAAUCCUUUUGCCAUCCCUUGACUGACAGAAAGAAUCGAGCCUUGGAGUAAGACCUGGAGCGGAGAAGACUAAUUGUGGCCUGAAAAUAGACAGAAAAACGAUCUAAUGUCAAGCCCUUCUCCUCCUCAGACAGCCUAGCGAAGGUCCAGGAGGUAGCAAGCUGGCUUUUGGAAAUGAACCAGGAUCUGCUGUCGGGGGGCAGCAGCAGCAGGCGGAGUCGGGGGCCUGGGGGUCCGGCGGUGCGAGGUAACGCCUCCUCUACGGCCCGGGCAACCCCGCAGGCAGCAGAGGAGGGCGAUGAGGAUGAACACAUUAACCGGGUAGUUGAGGAUGAUGAGCAGCUGCAGCAGAGGCCAGAGGAAUCACAGGUGGAUGGGGAGCAGUCAUGGGCACCCAGCGAGUCAGGAGCCAGCAAUGGCCCUCAGGGAGAAGAGCAGCAAGAGGAAGACGAAAGAGGCCCACAAAAUGAAGUGAACGGGGAAGAGAAAGGAGCCCGAUGGAUGUGGGGAGCAGAUCAGAGACAAUUGAGAGGCCAGGCUCCGCUUGAAGAGGAAGAGGAGGAGGAUGAGGAGGAAGAGGAGAACAACAACAGCAGUAGCCACCAAGGGGAAGAGGAGACAGAGGAAAGGACAGAGGGAGGGGAGGAGCAAGGAAGGGAGGAAGAGGAGAGGGAAGAGGGUGAGGAGGACGUAGAGGAAGAGGACGAGGAAAUGGACCAAGAGAGUGAUGAAUUUGAACAUUCAGGAGAGAGUGGGAGGGAGGAGGACGAGGAGGAGGAGGGAGAAGGGAACGAAGGGUCUCACUCUCCCUCUCUCAGGAACAAUGUGUCUGCCCCCAAUAAUAAUCAGGACUCGGGAUGUACACACCAAAGCUCUUCCAACAAGAAGAUGAAGAGAAAGUUGGACCAUGGUCCCGAGGUCCGAUCUUUCCCUUCAGGAAAAAAACCCUGCAAAGGUCCAGAGUAUCCGAGCCCAACAGGAAUUGUUCCAUGUCCAGCUACACCCACCACAUUUGGCCACAUUAGAACAGCCAAUAGUCAGGGGCAACAGAGACGACGAAUCACCUCAAUUCAGCCACCUACGGGUCUCCAAGAAUGGCUCCGAACAUUUCAGAGCUGGACUGGCCCAGAGAAGCUGCUGGCGCUGGAUGAGUUGAUUGACAGCUGUGAGCCCACACAAGUCAAGCAUAUGAUGCAGGUGAUUGAGCCGCAGUUUCAGCGAGACUUCAUCUCCCUGCUGCCCAAAGAGCUGGCUUUGUAUGUGCUGUCAUUCCUGGAACCGAAGGACCUCCUCCAAGCGGCACAGACGUGUCGCUACUGGCGCAUCCUAGCAGAAGACAACCUGCUGUGGAAGGAGAAAUGCAGAGAAGAGGGUAUCGAUGAGCCUCUUCUCCUGAAGAAAAGGAAAAUUGUCAAGCCCGGUUUCACUCACAGCCCCUGGAAGAGUGCCUACAUCAGGCAGCACAGAAUAGACACUAACUGGAGGAGAGGGGAUCUCAAAUCACCCAAGGUGCUGAAAGGACAUGAUGACCAUGUGAUCACUUGCCUCCAGUUCUGUGGCAACCGCAUUGUCAGUGGCUCUGACGACAACACGCUGAAAGUCUGGUCAGCUAUCACAGGAAAGUGUCUGCGGACGUUGGUGGGCCACACAGGGGGUGUGUGGUCAUCCCAGAUGCGAGACAACAUUAUCAUCAGCGGCUCCACUGAUCGCACACUCAAGGUCUGGAACGCAGAGACGGGAGAAUGUAUCCACACCCUCUAUGGGCAUACCUCAACAGUGCGCUGCAUGCACCUACACGAGAAAAGGGUGGUCAGUGGCUCUCGUGAUGCUACACUUCGUGUUUGGAACAUUGAGACAGGUCAGUGUUUACAUGUCCUCAUGGGCCAUGUGGCGGCGGUGCGCUGCGUCCAGUACGAUGGGCGACGGGUGGUCAGCGGUGCCUAUGAUUUCAUGGUCAAAGUGUGGGACCCGGAAACAGAGACCUGCCUCCACACACUGCAGGGCCACACCAACAGAGUGUACUCAUUACAGUUUGAUGGGAUCCAUGUGGUGAGCGGUUCGCUGGACACGUCUAUAAGGGUGUGGGAUGUGGAGACGGGCAACUGCAUCCACACGCUAACGGGGCAUCAGUCCCUCACCAGCGGCAUGGAGCUCAAAGACAACAUUCUGGUCUCAGGCAACGCAGACUCUACUGUCAAGAUCUGGGACAUCAAGACGGGCCAGUGCCUGCAAACAUUGCAAGGUCCCCACAAGCACCAGAGUGCCGUGACGUGCCUCCAGUUCAACAAGAACUUUGUCAUCACCAGCUCGGACGAUGGCACUGUUAAAUUGUGGGACCUGAAGACGGGCGAGUUCAUCCGUAAUCUGGUGACUCUGGAGAGUGGUGGCAGUGGCGGUGUGGUGUGGCGCAUCCGGGCCUCCAACACCAAACUAGUAUGCGCAGUAGGCAGCCGCAACGGCACAGAGGAAACCAAGCUGCUGGUGCUGGACUUUGACGUGGACAUGAAGUGAGAAGCAGACAUGUUUGGAAAGGACGAAGUGAGCGAACCGAUGAGAGGAAGGAAAAGAGAGGGAAUGGGAGAUGAGGUGCCUGGAAACCAGAAGGCUAACACCCAUAACUCUUCACCCAAACUUGCAAAAUCAACGGCCACAACAACAAACAGUGGGCUUUGCUGUCCUCUGCUAGUAUCACCCAUGUCCUCCUGUUUGGGCAGAUGUUACUGACAAAGACACAGAUCCUCAUGUCUUCAGCCCCUGCUUUUGACCCCUUUCCACCUGAGUCAGGUGGAGCCAUGGGGGGUCAGGAUGGUAAUAGGGGCGGGUGGGGGCAGAACCGGUCAAUCCCUAGAUUGGUUGGGGGACUGAACUCUGCUGAAGUGACUCUCCCUUUUUUUUGGUCCAGGGUCAUCUUCGCACAGAGACUUGUUUUCGCUCAAGCCUGACAGAUUACGAGAUGUACAGAGAUAUAUUAUUUUUUAAAGGUCCCCCACCCCUCCCCCCCACACACACCUUCCCAUCAGUGUGCACCCACAGACACACACACACACACAUAAAUACUCAAGCAGCCAACUCAAAAAUGGAAAAACAUUGAGCGUAGGUAAAGACUGGGGAAGGCUGGAGAUGUUAGAGGUGAAUUUUCACACACAGUUACUCCUAAAGAGCUGCUCGAUGUAGUGGAGAGAAAGGAAGUGUUUGGAGGGUUCAGCCUGUAAUCAGGCUCAUUUCUUUUCACUCCAUUUCCGUUCUUAUUGUUCUUCACUCGGUUUGAUUUCUCCACAGCAUCGCACACAAACGCAACUGUGAAUUUCAAUAUCUUUGUGAUUUAUCAUAUGAAAGGGGUUUUCUUUUUGUUUGUUUUUUUCUCCUUUUCCAGUAUUAGAAACCCACCCUGUUUAGGUAUGCUGUCUUUGUCACAAUGGGUUUUUUUUGUUUGUUUGUUUUUGUUUAGUUUUGCUGUUUUUACAUUAGUUAUUAGUUCCUCCCUGCAUUUUCUAAACCUGGGUUUGGAUUUGUUUCUUCACAUGAGCAUCAGUGCUGUCCAGCUCAGGUGGUUUCCUCAAUACCAGUGCUGUGAUAAGAGGAAGGUUCUUUGCUCUAAGCGCUGCGGAUUAAUACCCUCUUCCCCUUCCCCUCCAUUGUUUUUCCUGAGUGGCCAAACCGUAUUCAUGCUGCUAGAUGAAUGGGGGAAAAAAAGAGAAAGAGAGAGAUGGAACUUAUAUUUGCUGUGACGUUUUAGUCCCAGGCGAAAUUCCGAAUUGAACUCUUUGUUUGGACUUAAAGUAACAAAACAUGACAAGAUAAUUUCCUUCUUUUUCUUUUUUUUUUUUGUUUUGGUUUAUUUUUUGCCACUGAAACUUGAGCCAAACGUGCCUCUACGAGGCUGAGAGGCGGAAGUGUGUCCGACAGAUACUGAUGGGAUCGCCUGCAGAGAGGAAACAAGGGGAUGUACACUGUUGGUGUGUGUGCGUGAAUGCAUGAGUGCGUGUGUUAGCGUGUUAAUGGGCAACUUGUAAACACAUUCCUUGAGACAAAGCUUUUUCAGGCUGUUCUUUGGGGAAAUGUACAAAUGCUGUGUGGACUGGCGAAAAAAAAAAAAAAGGAAGAAAGAAAAAAAUCAAACUAGCAGAUGUAUCAAUUUUAACACGUGAAUGAAAGAACUGUCCGUAUCUGUGUGUGAUUGUUGUUCCAUUCAAAGAUGUCUAAAGCAACAGAGGAGACCAUCAUCACCUGACAGGUCGAGCUGCAGAGUCUUAGUGUUACAUGUGUUGCUGUUAAAAUCACCGGGGGGCAACUGCAGCCUCACGAGUGGGAAGAAAAUAUUAACACAUAGGCAACAAAUGUGAACAGAAACAUUGUAGCCAAAACAAAAAUCGUCUCAAUCUCCAAGAGUCACAACUCAAGCUGAACUGUGAAAGUGGUAUAACACUGUAUAUUAAAAAAAAGAGAGAAAAGAAAACAAUCUUGCUCUAUCUCCUCCUGUUGUUUUCGUCUGUUUUAAUUUAUGAUCUGGUUUGAGAAAUCAGAUUUGUUGCAGGUGUUUUCUUUUGUUCAGUUCAUGUAAAACUGCCUGGCAAAAAAAGAAAACAGACAAAAAAAAAAAAAAAAAAAAAACCUGAAAGGGAUUGUGUAUUUGUUUGAUUCACUUAGAAUUUUAUUUUCUUAUAACUUAAGUGCAAUAAAAUGUGGGUUUUUCUUUUUUCAUUUCAAGCAUAUCAGUUGUCUGUUUUUGUUACCUCUGUGAAGGCAUCAUAUAUGUUCAAUAAAGCAAAGUAUUUGGUUUAAUA